AUAAUAGACAUAAUGCAAAAGCCGGUUCCUAAUAGCAGCUAUUAUAAAUACAACUUAAAUAACUGUCACAUACGUAAAACCUGUAGUUUACGGCUAAAAAACGAAAUCAAAGGAAAGCUACAAUAUUUGAAAAGUUGGCAGAUGGAACAAUCUCUAGAUGAAAAAGCUAAGAAUGUCAUAGAAAAUACUAUAGAUACGGAUUAUUUUGGUAUAAAUAGCGGUAAAAAGGUCUACAUAGGCUUUACUGCUUAUGCCCGCAAUCCUAGCAAUGGUUGUAAAGAACAAAUAUCAGACACAAUAUUUUCCAAUGCCAUUUAUGACAUCUGUAAUUUUUCAACCGUAACACCUAGUUUUGCAACAACUGCUGGUCGUUCAGAACAUAUCAUUAACUUAGCGAUAACCAACUUACAACAACACCAUCAAGCGUUCAAAUUAAAUUAUCCCAUGAAGAUAAUAGUUGGCAAGCUUGGACUAUGGGUCAUUUGCAAAAAGAUGGUUUACAUUUCACUGCCCCACCCUAUACGGGCCAUAUUAAUUCGAACGAUAACAAUCGUCUGA